UUCCGGUUGUUAGCCGACACGUGUAUUUUGUUGUUGUGACAUCUCAAAAACGGGCUUAUAUAUUGAAUUUUGUUUGAUGUAGAAAUUUCAGAUGUUGCCACAUACUUGCAAGUAACAAACAACAUAAAGCAUGGCGUCAAAAAAUAAAAAAUCGGCAAAACCUGAUGUUGUUCCAAAGACCUACAAAUCCGAGAAUUCCAGUGUACUCACUGAUACAGUUGAACAAGCUGAAGAUCAUAUGAAGGUUAGUAUACAGAAGAAAUUAGAGACUGACAUUCUGAAUCUAAUCCAAGAUGAAACACAACAUUCAAAAUCAUAUGGUGAACUAUCCCGGCGGCUCACAUCUAGAAAACUUGCAGAUGUAUAUAAUAGUUUAUCAGGAGCAGGAUUUCAACAGAAACAGAUAGAGAAUGCUAUGAAUAAUACUAUCAUGAAAGGUGGUGAUCUUAUUACAGCUCUUGAUUGGCUCUGUUUAAAUAUACCUAAUGAUCAACUGCCAACAGGUUUCUCUGAAACAUUAUUACGAGAAGAAGAGAAGAAAAGAAGACCACAGUUUGAUCAAUCUCUUCAAGUACAGAAAACGAGCGUCGCUGAAGGAGGAGCGGAUUCUCAAAAUAAAUCACCAACUAAAAAAAAGAAAAAGGGGAAAAAUAAAAACAAAUCACCAACCCAGAAUAAAGGAGGUGGAAUGAAGAAUUGGAUAUUACAAUACGCAGAACAGAGUUCUUCAGAAUCAGAAGGCGAAGAUGGUCCUAAAGUAUUUAACCCUAAUCCAAAGUAUAUAUCAUUACAAGAAAAACUUGAAGAUGCUAAAGAACAGGCUAGUUUAGCUAAACAGCAGGGGAAGGAAUCAAUUAAUAAAAAAUUAUCUAAAACAAUACGAGAAUUUAUGGUCGAAAUGGCUGCAUUAGAAACACAUCCUGAUUUUGAUGCCUCACUAAAGAAAACCGCACCAGAGAAAUCUGCAACUGAUAACAAUAUUCAACAAGCUAAUAAUGGCGCUACAUCAGCCACACCUGUCUCUAAUACCACAGCAUGUAACAAUAGUAUCAAGUCUACAAAAGAUUCUUCAAGUAAAAAUAAAGAUGAUGAUGAGAUGGGCUUUGUUUGUUUUGAUGCUUUAGAAGAACAAGCGGCCAAGGCACCACCAUCAGUACCCAAGUCGGCUGGUAAAGGUCCUGUCGAAGAAGUUAGAAACUUUGAAUACACCAGACAGCAAUGGACAGGAAAAUCUCCUAAACAGUUCCUCAUAGACUGGGUUAGAAAACAUCUACCUAAAUCUGAUCCACCUAAAUAUAGUAAAAUACAACUCAAGAUGAACAGAUUUAAAAGCAAAGUUCGUAUUAAUAAAAUGAAAGAUGGUAGUGUGUUGGAACUAGUACCCAAUAUUUUAUGUGAAAAUGUUAAAGAUGCUGAACAUCUGGCCUCUACUUUAGCUUUAUAUCAACUCUGUAAAGGGCAGCCAAUACAUCAAGUGUUACCUCCCCCUUAUAGAGAUGUGUGGUUAGAUUGGUUAGAGGCUGAUAAAACUAAAAAACAAGAUGCUAUUGAUAAAGAAAAUAAGCCGAGAGAUCAAUACAUAGCAAAACUCAUGAAAAAAUUAAAAUUAGACAAUAAUACAACGAGUACAGAUGCGAAUGCCACAAAAAGUCCUGAAGACGAGGAAAGGGAAACAACUUGGGAAGAUUUAGUAGAUGAAGAUAUUGAUAUUAAACCAGAGCCAAAGAAAACCAAAAAUAAAGGAAAAAAGACAAGAAUGAAACUAAAUGGAGAGGAUAUAUUUAAUAUAUUAGAUAAGAAUGAAGAUAGUACACAGUAUAAAGAUUUGUAUAGUACACGUCAACAACUACCUGUAUUUAAACAUAAAGAUAUUAUAUUAGAUAAAUUAGUUAAAGAUAAUGUAAUAGUUAUAGCAGGUGAAACAGGUAGUGGUAAAAGUACACAGGUACCACAGUUUAUUUUACAGGAUUUGGUUAAAAAAGGUGAUGGUGAAAAAUGUAAUAUAGUUUGUACACAGCCACGUCGUAUAUCAGCCAUUAGUCUGGCUACUCGUGUAUCUCAGGAACUCGGUGAAUAUAAGCUUGGCCAAUCGGAUUCUUUAUGUGGUUAUCAGAUACGUUUUGAAUCGAAGAAAAAUAUGAAUACGAAACUAUUAUACUGUACUACAGGAGUUAUAUUACGACAACUACAGAAUAAUCCUAACCUUGAUGAAAUUACGCAUAUCAUUAUAGAUGAGGUUCAUGAAAGAAGUGUACAGUCCGAUUUUUUGUUGAUUGUUGUUAAAAAAUUACUUACUAAAAGACAAGAUCUGAAGGUUAUUUUAAUGAGUGCUACAUUGGACAGUCAGAAAUUUUCAUCGUAUUUUCAAUAUUGUCCUGUGAUAAAUAUACCUGGUCGUACAUUCCCUGUUGAGAUAUUCCAUGUUGAAGAUGCCAUAGAAAUGUGUGGUUAUAUAGUCGAUGAUGAUUCUAAAUAUACAUAUAGUCCUAGUCAACUUGUACAGGAAGAAUCAGCCAAUGUUGAGGUCACAGUUCAAGGUGGAGAAUCAACAAAAAUGGACGUUCAUUGGACUAAAGAAAAUAUAUCGAGAAUUGACAGGACGGAUCUAUCAGCAGAGAAAUAUUGUCUACGUACAAGAAAUGCUGUAACAAGACUUAACCAUAAUAGAAUUAAUAUGGAUCUCAUUAUAGAUUUAAUCAAAUAUUUGGGUAAUAAGGAGCCAUAUUGUGAUAUGGAAGGUGCAAUAUUAAUAUUUUUACCAGGGUUAGCUGAUAUUCAAGAAUUAAAUGAAGUUUUAACAACUGAGAGAGAAUUUUCUGAUAGAAACAGAUAUCAGAUCUUAGCUCUUCAUUCAGUUUUAUCAUCUGGUGAUCAAACUAGAGCGUUUAAUAUUCCACCACCAGGUGUCAGGAAGGUUGUCCUAGCAACCAAUAUAGCAGAAACAGGUAUUACUAUACCAGACGUUAUAUUUGUUAUUGAUUCAGGAAAAGUUAAAGAAACCAGAUAUAUAGAAACUAAACAGAUGAGUAGUUUAGAAGAAGUAUUUAUAAGUAAAGCCAAUGCUAAACAAAGACAAGGCCGUGCAGGUCGUGUUCAAAAUGGUUUCUGUUUUAGGUUAUUUACUCAAGCUAUGUAUGAAGAUUUCAAGGCUUACACUAUACCAGAGAUAUUGAGAGUACCACUAGAAGAAUUAUGUUUGAAUAUUAUGAAAUGUAAUUUUGGUCACCCAGUAGAGUUUUUGUCUCAAGGAUUAGAUCCACCACAUGAACUAUCGGUUAUACGGGCCAUGGAUCUAUUACGAGCUGUAGGUGCUUGUGAAGAGGAAGGUAAUACUCUGACACCAUUAGGUCAUCAUCUAGCUGCAUUACCAGUACAUGUUCGUAUUGGUAAGAUGUUACUAUAUUCAGCAGUAUUUGGUUGUUUAGAGCAAGUGGCUGUUAUAGCAGCAACCAUGACAGAUAAAUCACCAUUUGUUGUACCAUUAGGUAAACGUGAAGGUGCUGAUGUAGCUAAACAAGCUUUAUCUAUAUCGCUAUCUGAUCAUCUGACUUUAUAUAGAGCUUUUAUCGGAUGGAAGAAAGCUCAGAAUCAAGGACGUAAUGCUGAAGAAACUUACUGUCGAACAAACUUCUUAAAACGCAAUACAUUACUUGAUAUUGAGAAUGUGAAGAAUGAUCUCAUCAAACUAGUUGGUUCAAUUGGUUUUGAUACGAUGUCUGGUCUGUCAAAAUCAACAGAACAACUUGACACAGGGGUCAUCGCUAUGGUAAAAGCUGUGUUGACUGCUGGUUUAUAUCCUAAUGUUGGUCGUGUAAGCCACACCCCUCCAGUAGAUGCAUGUCUGUAUCCAGAUAAGAAACUAUGUAUAGUAGAAACACAACAUGCUUCUAUAGCUAUACAUCCUUCAUCAGUUAAUAGAUAUAUGGAGACAAACGGAUGGUUGAUAUACCAUGAAAAGGUAAAAUUAGCUCGUGUUUAUUUGAGAGAUGUUACAUUAAUAUCACCAUUUCCAUUGUUAUUGUUUGGAGGUGCUAUAGAUGUUCAGCAUACACAACAAUUAGUUACAGUUGAUAACUGGAUUAAAUUUAAGACCUAUGCUAGAACUGGUGUUAUAUUUAAGGAGUUACGUAAUUUAUUAAGUGAUUUAUUACAAAGUAAACUCGAAAAUCCCACAUUAAACUUUUCUGGUAAUGAACUUGUGUGUAUCAUACAGAAAUUAUUACAGAGUGAAAAACCUCAAACUCUCUAGAUUUUUAUAAACUUUUAUCAUAUUUUCAAAAUUAACUGGUAUUUAUUAGAUAAGAUUUAAUGUAUUAAUACCCCCAAAAAUAUUUUCAGUUGUUCUGUUCAUUGUGAAAUGUCUUUGAUAUCAAGCAAAAAUUGUGAACAAUACUAAAAAUAUUUUCAGUUGUUCUGAUUGUUUUUGAUGUCUUCAUUGUCAAGCAAAAAUUGUGAAGAUAUAUAACAAAUAAUCCAUUUUUCUUAUUGUGUAAUAGAAUUAUAUAGUGAAAUUUAUUUAUGGUGAACUUUAUUGUAUAAAAAUUUUAUAAGAUGACUGACCUUUACAUCAUAUAU